AUGAGUGACCAUUCCAAGCGUAUCACCUCGCAUAUGAACAAAGACCAUCAAUUGGCCUUGGUGGACUAUGUGGUGGUUUAUGGUAAAAUUCCAGUUCACCAGCUCGAGCCAUCAAGUGUCCAGAUGACAGCUGUGGAUGAGAAAUCCCUUACUCUUUCUUACAAGAGAAAUGCUGCCUCUGAGGAGAUUGUGCUUGUAUGGAAUGAACUUGCAGAUGACGACAAGAUUGAGGUCAAUGGCUUUAUGGAUAUAAAGGCGAAGUUGAUCUCCAUGGCCAAGUACGCAGCACGGGUUCAGGGUUAUUCCCAUAAGCAGUUGAAGAAGGUUGUUUUACCUAAUAGACCACCUCAGGUAUUCAUGUACCUUGUUGCUAUCGUUCUCGCUUUGGGUUCAAUUGACAAGUUUUGGGUCAGAAACAUCAUUAACAAUGAUGCUUUCUUGUCUCUGUUGACCUCCCGUGCUCCGGCCUUUUUGAAAUCGGCCGGCUCUUUCCUUGAGGACCACGUAAGAACUAUCGCAAUUGCCAUGUAUGCUAUUCAUCUCGUUGAGAUUGCCAUUGUCUCGUUGCCCAAGUUGAAGGCCUACAGAGCUUCGGGUCCAAGGAAAUUAGCAUGGACUACGAUGCACUUUUUAGAGGGUUUUCUUAUCUUUAAGAGGCUCAAUAAGGCUUUAGAAGAUGCCCAUUAA